AUGACAGCAGCAGCAGCCGACAUCCGACCAAAGAUUUCGCUAUCUGAUUAUGCCAAACUCGACGAGAAGCAGGUCGGCCAUCUGCGGCACUUUCACAAUCUCGUAUCUCAGCCGGAUGGGAACUGGCGUUACAUGGAGCAUGAGGACGGUCACGAAGAAUUCGAUGAUGCGAAGAGGUAUCAGCUGGCCUUGAUGGCGUAUGCAGCUGGUGUCGCCCAUUUCCACCGUUUACCGGCUCUCCGGGGCGCUUUUCGAAACCUCAUGAGGAAGAUCAUCCACAAGAUGCUCCGACGGGAGGUGUGGAGCUACUGGUAUUCGGCUAGUCACAGUGGGAAAGUUUUCGAUCCUGAUCUGACCGAGCUUCGCAAGCCUUGGGCGGACCCUGUGAGGAAGGAAAACAUCAUGUACAGCGGUCACCUCCUGUUGAUGACCAGUCUUUACGCCAUGCUCUUCGACGACGACGAAUUCGAAAGGGAGGGGAGCAUCGUGUUUAGAUGGGACCCAGUCUUUUGGGGACUCGGGCCCGAAACCUACGUCUAUGACAAUCGCAGCCUCGCCAAGGUCAUCCUCUCGCAGAUGGAGGAAAAUGAAUGGGUCGGCGUGUGCUGCGAACCGAAUGCUGUUUUUGUGGUUUGCAACCAAUUUCCUCUUAUUGCCAUGAGGCUCAAUGAUUCGAGAGAUGGUACGGACCAUGUCGAACGACAGAUUUUACCAAAGUAUAAAGCUGCGCUCUCGGCGAAAGGGAUGCUCGGAAGGUCCGACGGACUAUACGCUAGUUAUUUCGCAGUGAAACAGAAAUGUGCAAUGCCAGCGAAGCAAGGAGCACAUACCGCUUGGGCAAAUGCUUUCAUGAAUACGUGGAAUGCAGACUAUGUGCAAGCCUCGUACGAAGCGCAAACUCUGGGUUUUCUGACGCACUUCGACGGGAACACCCGGAUUCAGCCGACUUGUGUCGCGAAAGCUUUCCGUACACUGGUCCACGAAAGAGGAUACGAUCCUGAUGAUCAAGCAACACUCCACGCUGCACGAGAGAUCGCGCAAGAUUACCAGCCAAAAAUACCCUUCGAGACUUUGAAUUGGCUUGGGUACACAAUGAUGCUCUCCGAGCUGGGCAAGGAGAAGGAAUUACGUAGCCUUUUAGAGUCCGCAGACACGCACCUCGAACCGACAUGGGUUGACGGUGGCUUUUUUUAUCCUCGCAAUAGCCAGCUCAUGGACGAAAAUUGGAACUACACACACGUCGAACCACACUCGGGUAAUUCUGGGAUCGGAUACGCGAGGCUGAACGUAGUCGACGGGCAAAAGAAGAUUUGGGAGAAGCCGUGGACCAAGGACCUGCUCUCGAGUCGGCCGUACAUCGACGGUGACGGCUUCGAGGAUGAUCUCGACUUCACGCGUGCAAUUUGUGACGUUGAACGAGCCGCGGUGAUUUUAACAGCAAGGCGGUGGCGAGGUCAUCCCAGAGAGUCUACUUUCUAUGUCAACAAUCUUGCACCUGGUAGAUGGGCACUUUUCGUCAACGGCCGCCUCGCUAAAUCGGAGCUGCUCAAUUCGAAAGGACAGAUGCAGAUCGUUGUGACCGUCUCGAUGGAUGAGACAGACAUCAUUGUCGAGCAGAUUGAACCGCAGGAAGCAAGAAGCUGAACUUCACGCUGUC